AAAUGCAAUGUAUGUUGGUCUCAUUUUGUGUACUAUUAAUGAGUAAGUCUUUACAAAGGCUUUUGUUUUAGAUUGUCAAAUUUGCAUUGCAUCAACCAGGUUUAUGUAAAUGGUUUAUUGCUGGUAAUUUUACUGAAAUUUUUUGCAGUAGUAGCGCAGUCACAAUUCUGUACAUGCCAAGACUGAUAGAAAACCCUGCUUAAUAUAAUGUAAAAUCUUUAGAGUAAUACUCUGAUGGGGCGACCGUAAGGAAGCCCUACAUUAGUAUUUGUUUUGGCGUAGUAAAACUCAACAUUGGAUUUUAUCGCUAUGUAGAUUACACGAGUUUUUCCAGUGCUUUGUCUGCUUUGGCUUUCCGUAGACUCUACUUGUAUCCUAGCAACCCCAGCAAACGCGUGGAUCCUGCAGCCAUUAGCCAUCGCAAGUUCGGGUGAAAUUCUCACCAAAGAAAGUUUUAAAGUGUUGCUGGGUUUUACAGCAAAAUGGGAACUAAUUCUAGAGGCCGUGUUUAUGUGGAAAGAACUCUAGCCUUGAUUAAACCUGACGCUUUUCAUAAAGCAGAGGACAUUGAGGAUGUAAUCCUUAAUUCCGGUUUCACCAUUGUUCAGGUAGGUGGAAUUUUUAAAAUUAAUAACCGUUACAAAGCAUUUGCUUCAUUACACAUAAUAUCCCAUACCUCACAGAAGCGGGAGGUGCUGUUGAGCCCAGAGCAGUGUAGUGACUUUUAUGCUGACCAGUAUGGGAAGCCUACUUUCCCUAAUUUGACCACCUUAAUGAGUUCGGGACCGAUACGUGCUUACACACUGGCGAGAGAAAACUGCAUUGCCCACUGGAAGUUUAUAAUGGGACCGUCCAGCAUCACCAGGGCCAGAGACACACAACCUGGCUGUCUCAGAGCAAAGUAUGGCACAUCUGACCUCCAAAAUGCAGUGCAUGGCAGUGAAUCUUUCAUUGAUGCUGAGAGGGAAAUCAAGUUCAUCUUCCCAAAUACUGUAAUUGAGCCCUUUCCAUCCAAAGAAAAAACUGAGGAAUACUUGAGCAAGCAUGUGAACCCCACCUUGUUAAUGGGACUGACUGAACUAUGCAAGCACAAACCAUCCGACCCUUGUAUAUGGCUUGCAGACUGGCUUAUUAAAAACAACCCAAAUCAACCUCAGAUCUGUGGUGCAGUUACAGUGGAAGAAGUGGGAAGGCGACAAUGAACACUUGUAUGCUUUAUUAAUAUUGCACAGU